GUGUGAAGUACUGAAGAGCCAGACAGAAAGAAAGAAAGUGACCAGGAGAGAUGAUGAUGCUCCGAAGCAAGGCCUCAAAGUUCCUGGCUGUGUGCUGCUGUAUUUUUCUAGCUCUCAGAGUGGAGGCCAUCAAUCGGGAGAAAGACUGGGAGCAACAAAAAGACAGAUACGAUGCUACUCUAAUCAUCCCUUCAAACUACGAACAGGCUUCGUACGAGGACGCAGAGGGGAACGGGAACAUCCAUACACAGUCCCUCUCUCCUUGGACUUGGAAAUCCAGCACUGUUAAGGGGCGUAUCCCUUCCACAAUCUGGGAGGCAGAGUGCAGUACCACUACUUGCAGUCAUGCAUCCAUCUCUCUCGGUUAUGCCAGUUACAACAGUGCACCCAUUGUGCAGCAGGUGCUAGUGCUGCAGCCAACAGGAAACAACAAGAGCUACAGCACAUCCUACCUAUCAGUGUCUGUGGGAUGCACUUGUGUGUUGGCACGGACAAACUGA